UUGACACUGAAAAUAAGGCAUCAAAGACGUGACAUUGUUCGUCCGUAUCAAAUAUUCCUCAGUCACAUCUGAUCUAAGAGUUAUUAUUAUAUGUACGUUUUACCCAAUUAGUUGAUAGUUGCACUUUUUAUUCUUUAGCUGCAAGAGGCAAAAAGGCAAGAUAAUGAAACUCUAUAAUACUUUCGAACAUCGUCCACUGUCUCAAUUUUUAAUACUUUUAUCUUUCAGUAUCUUUCUGGCUACUUUACUUGUGCUAUAGUUGUUUCUCCUCGGAAAAGGCGUAAUCAGUUUAAACUCGUAUUAUGAAAGCUAUAUAUAGAGGACCCUUAUAGACCAUUCACUACAUCAAACACAAACUCAAAGUCACCUCUCGUCUUCACCCAACUAUAUCACAUUCUAUCUAUAACUUCUCUGGCUAUUCAAUUUUCGUCCGUAAGCUCCUAUUUCAAUCAAAACAGCACUAUUUUCUACCUCCCGAGUUUCUUCUCGAACAACAUUCACAUUACAACACCAAUGGAUAAGCUACAAAAGAUGAUCUCCGAGAAGUCAGUAGUGAUCUUUAGCAAGAACUCGUGCUGCAUGUCUCACACAAUCAAGACUCUCUUCAUAGACUUUGGCGUGAACCCAACGAUCUAUGAGCUGGACGAGAUCAACAGAGGAAAGGAAAUAGAGCAAGCAUUAGCUCACCUUGGCUGCAGCCCGACUGUUCCGGUGGUGUUCAUUGGAGGGCAGCUCGUUGGUGGAGCCAAUCAAGUUAUGAGCCUUCACCUUAAUCGCUCUCUUGUUCCAAUGCUUAAGCGCGCUGGUGCAUUAUGGCUUUAAUAAUGUAAUGAUGAAACUAAGUUUAGUGGACAAAACGAAAACUCAUACGUACAUAAAUGUGUGCUUGAGUUAAUUAUUCGUCUAUCUAUGUUUUGAAAACAUAGAUUAUGCGAGUACCAAUUUUGUAAACAGUGGGCAUAUUUUAUAAUAAAAUCAAUAACCAUGGAUAUUAACUUUUCCAUGUUUGUAUUUUUAUACUUUUUAUAAUUGCAUAUACGCGAUGUAUACACAGUCCAUGUGGAACGAAAGUAACUACAUUUUAUUGGGGUGAAAAGGAAUCGAGGAUACAUGUGUAUAACAUGCUCCAGUACAUCCUAAUCUAAAAAAUUGGAGAUAAAAUAUUUUAUAUGCAAAUAAUAUUGUAUUAAUGUAUAUACUUUUAAGUUAAUUUAAAUAAAGACGAGUAUACUUUAAUCAAGUUGGAGUUUUGGUUUAUAAUAACGAUCAAUAAAGCUACCUUUGUUUGAUAUCAAGUUAGAUUCUUUUUGUAAGAAAUAUCAAGUUAGAUUCUUUCUUUUUUUUUGACAAAAGGGCUUUUUAUCAAGUUAGAUUCUUUGCUAGAGAAUAACCUAAAGAGAAAAAUAGCGGCUGUAUUUGCACUCGAAUCUACUUCUAUUAAACUCCUAAAUUGUAUAUUUACUAUUUUUAACACAUCAGAAUAAUUUAGUUGGUUUAUAUAUCACAGACCUAAUAAUCUAAAAGAUAUACAGUUUUUGGAGUAGAUGUGACAGAGUUGAUCCAGUAUCACUUCUUGGGGAUUAUUAGGGAUAUAUAUCUCACAUCGAGAAUUCUAAGGGACAUUAAGUAAUAUAUAAAGGGAUAGUGCCAAUCCACUAAUCACCAAUUAGUUUUAAGUUGGAAGCCUAUAAUUAAACCCUAAUCUAACAUGGUAUCAGAGUCCAAAUCCUAAAUAUCCUAAAUUUCUAAUUAAAAUUAAUCCUUCCGACCGGGUAUAAAGAUCGUGAUUAACCCUUCCAACCGGAUAUAAAAGUUUUGUUAAACUCGUUCGACCGAAUAUAAAUAUCCUAAAGUUCCGAGAUUUCUGGCCGAUAAGAGUCAUCAUCUCGAGAAAGAGUAUUAGGGAUAUAUAUCCCACAUCGGAAGUUCUAAAGGAUAUUAAAUAAUAUAUAAAAAAGAAUAGUGCCAAUUCACUAAUCAUUAAUUAGUUUUAAGUUGGAAGCUCAUAAUUAAACCCGAAUCUAACAGAAAGAUAACAAUUUAAAAGAGUAAUGUAAUACCAUUAUUUUUACAAUAAAACUGCAGUACUUAACAUAUAUACAUAGAUAUAUAUCUACUGUCUAGUUGUUUUGCAUGUAAUUAGUAGUCUUUCAAUAUAUUCUGUCAACGAUGGAAGAUAGCAUCAUAUGGUAGAUGGCACGGGUUGCACACAAAAAAAAAUGGUAGAUGGCACGUAGCACAUAACAUACUAAAGUGCAAAAUCAUUUGUUUGCAUAUAAGACAUUUUCAUCAUAUUUAAGUAUAGAACUUAUUUAUCUGUUUUCAUUCGUAUGGAAUCUCGAGCUUUAACUUACUCGAACGACACUAAUUAACGUGCAACUGUUUGUCAGUAAAUGAUUUAGGCCUAGUUGUUAUUAGCUAUUGACAAGUGAAAAAAUUUCUGCAAGUUGUGUAAAUUUGUAAUACUGAUCUUAUAACAAAUCUAUCAUCAAGUAAUUUUUUUUUUAUUGCGACGAAUCUGUCAUUAAAUUUUUCACCAUCCAUCUACUAAAUUGUCGCUCGCAGUGAUCGUUGAACCUCAUUACUAAAAAUGACGUUCCUACCAAACAACAAACUAUGUGAAGAAUUGGAUUCUGCCCGCUGGGUUGUUACUUAUAUAUUCUAUCUUCUAGGACAGUACGGACAAGUGGCUGGAUUAGAUGCGAUUUAGCAUAUAACGUACAUAUAUGCAUAUGUCGUUUCGUGAAUCACGUACAUUGAAAAUGAUGAUAUAACCUUGUAUCGGUGAUACAAGAAUAACGACUCCUGAGAUCAGCAUUGGGCCACUAUUAAUAUUUCUAAGAACAAAAAGAAAAAUUGUGACCUUCAAUUUUGAUUUGGAUUUUUUUUUUUAAUAUAACACGUGAUUGCUUCACUAUUCUUCUUGGCCACAAGCUUGACUUUCCAAUAAUUUUGUUCGCCGAAUCGGGAAUAAAGCUCAAUUCUGUUUGAUUCGUGACAUCGUAAGAUUCGAUUUCUUGCAUGACGAUAAGGCUAAAACUAAACUACAUUCAAACCUCUAUAAAUUAAUAAGUUGGGACUACACCAGAACUAUAAUCUUUUUUAUUAAUUUAUAUAGAUAUUAAUUUAUCGAUAUACUAAUUGAAUCAAAAAUUCAAUUUAGGACAAAAAAAUUAUAUUAUUUUAUAAAUAAUUUUAGUGUAUAUUAAUUUUUAGAGUAUUAAUUUUAAAAAAUUAUAUUGUAGUUUACUUUUUUUCUCUCAACCGGCCACGCAAAAAUAAAAUAUUCUUAACAAGUAGUAAUAUCACACUAUCUCUGGUUUUCGCAAAUAUUUUAUUCAGGCAUUACAUUUGAUAUAUAUAUAUGUAUAUAUAUAUUUUUUUUAACAACAUAUAUAUAUAUAUAUAUAUAUAUGUUGUUAUAUACGUUCAUAUAUAUGACAACAUAAUUAAACAUGCGCACGGACUUUAUAUAAUUAAGCGCUUCAUUUCCGCAAACAUUAAAAUUAAUUUUCAUUUAUGAAGUAAAUAUAAAUGUAAAUAAAGUUAGAUUCACGUGAAGAUAUCAUAACCUCUUUCUUGUAAUUUCAUAUAUCGACCUAUGCGACAGUUACAAAAUAAUCUCUCAUUUGCCACAAAAAUGUUAGACAUGACUGAUUGGUAUCUAGGUAGUUAGAAGUGAACAAUUUGCUGCAAGCUGAGCAAAAUUAUUAUAUGCAUUUUGUAACACUAUCAUCAAGUUUUACAGAAAAUAUUUUUCUUUUAAUUUGGGUAAAACCAUCAUUUAAUUCUUAAUUAUCCAUCGACAAAAUUUUGUGGAAGUGAUUGUUCAACCUCGUAAAAGAACUGGAUUCUGCCAUAUGAACUUCUUUAGCUAUUGUUACAUAGAGGAUAUAGAAUAGCACGGGCCAAUUGCGGAGAAAUUAGAUGUGAUAUGCAUAUUACAUACAUAAGUGUGUGUCGGUAAACAUUGAAAAUGAUGAUAACCUUGUAUUCUUUUUCUUUUUUUUUCCUGAUAGAAUAACGACUCUUGAGAUCAAAUUUGGGCCACCAUUAAUAUGAUCAUUUGAAGAAGAAAAAUAAAAACUAUCUAUCUUCUUUGCCAUGACCUUGACUUAACAUAAACCUUAUUCGCUGGGGAUAAAGCCCAAUUUGGUUUGAUUAUUGACAUCGUAAUAUAUUCGAAUUCCAUGCGAUAAGGGUAAAACGGAACCACGUAGAUUACCUUUAUUGCACAAGUGGUCAUAAGAAAAUAUUCGAAUUCUUGAGAUGGUAUCAUGCGAUCUCGAGUUUUCUCAAAUACUGAAGAAGCGAAGGAGCUAUAGCCCUUUUGUAUGGCGCAUGAAAAAGUUAAGACUGUGUCAAAGAGGUGAGACCAAAAGUCCAAAGCUAAAAUGAUAGUAAAUUGGAUAGUCAACAUAUUAUUUAUUCAACUGAUGAAUACAUAUUGAACGGGUAUCUUAGAAUGUUUUGUAUACAUAUCUUGAAUACAAAUAACCGUUACAAAAUAAUUAAAAUUGCUAUAAAAUCUAAUAUAUUGCAGUUUUGUACAGCUCAUAAAUUUGAAAGAAUUACAUGAUUCGUCCGUAUCAUAUUAUUCUUCACAGCUAAGAUUUUGCUAUCUCCUUUUCUUAAAGAAGACUCAAACACUUCUUUGUCCCUUUCCUUUGGUAACAUUUUUGAUCCUUAACUCUAUUAGUCUGUAAAAGCCAAGAGUAACUCAACCGACCAUAACUCCAAAUUUUUACAUAUAUUCCAUAUAUUCCACUAUCUUAUCUUAAGUUAAGAUUCUCAACACUCUUUCAAUUUUUUUUUUUGAAUAUGGGAAACUGUUCCCCCCUGAAUCAGUUAGAUUUGAUAUAUUUAAGCUUCAAAAAACUCAUUCAUCAAUAGUUUUAGUUCAGUAAUUGGGUUUAUCGUAUGAUGAAAAAGGAUUUUCACUAGGUACAGAUAUACACGUAUGAUAUGACUUCGGUUAAUGGAAAAUAGAGUAAAACUGACUCCAAACUUAGAUAGUAACAUGAAAAUACUAAUUGAAUUUAUAAGUCCAUUCACAAUUUUUUUCUUUUAUACAGUUACUUGUAUAUGAAUUUAUGUGAAAUAAUUUAGUUUUCUAGAUUUGACUAUUUUCUCUUUCAUAGCAUUUGUUUUAAUAUUUUGUGUAACUAUUUUAUUUAAAACUUCUUAUGCUUUUCGACUAUGCAUGCCUUUUUCUCUUAUUACUUCUCUUUUUUUUUUCUGUUCUUACAAAAAUUAAUUGCGUUAGAUGGUUAGUACUUUUCUAAAAAUCAGACACGUAACAUUAUGUCCACAAGUCAGAGAACCAAGAUUCGAACAAUAGCAUCUAGAAUUUUCGUUCCAUUUGUCUGCACGCAUUCGUGAAGUUGCUACAUUCGUGAAAUUUUCAAAUAUAAGAGCACAUAUAUGGUCGAUCUUUAACACAUAACACAACAAGAACUCAAAGUCACUUCUCUCAUAUUGAUUCCAAAAUUCCUAAAGCUUUCCAUUUUACACUCCUGAUAUCUCAUUCCGAUAAAGAAAUUAUAAUCUUUCCCCUGAGUUGAAGAUUAAUUUUACAUAUCCUAAAAAGUUAAUUUCUUUCAAAAUCCAUACUAUUACCACCGAUGGAGAAGCUACAAAAGAUGGUCUCCGAGAAACCUGUAGUGAUCUUCAGUAAGAACUCGUGCUGCAUGUCUCACUCAAUCAAGACUCUCUUCAUUGACUUUGGCGUGAACCCAGCGAUCUAUGAGUUAGACGAAAUCACCAGAGGAAAGGAGAUAGAACAUGCACUCGCUCAGCUAGGCUGCAGCCCGACCGUGCCGGUGGUGUUCAUAGGAGGGCAGCUCGUUGGUGGAGCCAAUCAAGUCAUGAGUCUUCAUCUUAAUCGCUCUCUUAUCCCAAUGCUUAAAAGCGUUGGAGCGUUAUGGGUUUAGUAAUAACUAAACACACACACAUACAAAUCCCAUCAAGUCUGCACGUACGUAGCGUAAGUACGUACUACGUACCUUGCUAACUAUUCUAAUGUUUUGUGAGAAUAAGAUAUACAUAUAUAUAUAUAUAUAUUGUAGAUUUUCAGGCAUAGACUAUGAGAGGUUGCCUAAUUUUAUAUCGUAUCGCAAUUAAUAAAAUCAGUUUGAGUUCAAUUUA